AUCGUUACAUUUGUUGUAACGCUUCAAUAAGUUUACUGCCUUGGAUUUACCAAGUCCAUUCUUAUUCCCUUCAGUUUCGCCGUCAUUUUGUUCCUCCUCGAUCAUGUCACCAUUUCUGCGGUUCCGAAACUCAUUCGGCACACACACUUCGAUCUGUACCGGGCUUUUUCGUCCGAUUCGCCCGGCCGCUUUCGCAAGCAUAGAAUAAACACGGGUGGGCUGAUUUCCAGUGGACGCGGCAGCAUUUCCAGAACACGGUCCUUCGGCGUAGGCUCAUCUAUAAACUCGCCCCGCUGAUCCUGAUCCUCUGUCGGCGGCUGCUGCUUCAAGUGCCGCUGCAUGCCACGUUUUAUGUUUAUCGCCGUUGAGCUCACAUCCUCCUACUCCGCCGGCUGAUUCGCGUUCGGCCACAUUGUUGUAGUACACUGCGCUAAGUCAUCUUCGAGGUGCCAACGAGAACGUAGCCUGGUCACCGCAAAGGCCCGUCGGCAUCAGCUACAUGGCUGACCUGGUCCGACAGCCCGCCGCUAUAGUCCUCUAUUCAUCCUUGAUACAAUAUGUCAGGUUAAGCUCCUUUUCGGUUUCACUGACAUUCCCCGAUGAUUUGUAACACAGCCAGCGUCUUUCCUCUCGUGUGCCCGGUUUCAUAGUGAGUCUUCGUAGACCGUAGUUUACUUUUACAACUUAAGUAUAUUUAUAUAAACAAAUCUCAUUACUAUGGUCCAAGAUAUUAUUAUUUUAUUCGAUUGCAGCCAGAUACCAUAUAUAAUCCAUGUAUAUGUAUUUAUGUCAUAUUAAUACCUACCUCAUCAGUUUUAACUUUUAACUAAAAUCUGUAAAUAAUCAAUAUAAUAAUGAUUAAUGGAUAUAGAUUAUCGACAUAAGCUCAACUGAGGGGGUUGGAGUAUCUGUGCUGUAGUGGCUAUGACCUCUAAAAGAUAACCCCUUAAAAACAUUAUCCUCUGAACUCACAUAAUAAUUAACUUAAAUAAAUAAACAAAAAUUUGGAUUUACUUAUUUUAUACCUAUUACUAUAAGCUCCAUAGGUAUACAUGUCGUUUUAAUAACAAUGUAUAACAAUAAAUGUAUACACUCAUUGUGUGUACUUGUGUGUAUGAUUCGUGAAACGCGCUUCAAGUGGUCCAUAUUAUAUAUAAUUAUAAUAUAUUAUUGUACAUUAAUACGAGCGAUGUAUCGUCUUCUUCACGGGUCGCGCAAUAUAUUUCAUGUGACAAAACGACACAUAUUAUACUCUCGUACGUACCUUUAUUAUAAUUUUGUAUUAUGUAUAGCGUGGUGUGCCAAUAUAAUAUAUUAUAUAUAAUGGGAAAACAAAUUAACACGAGGAGCGUUUACUGUCGUCAUGGGUGGCGGUUACCCCACCAGGCCGGAGUAGGAUAAACAUUGUUCAUUCUAUUAUAAUUCUAUUAUUUUCUUUUAUAAUUGUAUUAUAAAAUGUGAAUAAUUUAUUCUACUAUUAUUUAUGUCUAUUCACUUUUUAGCUUUUGCGUUUUAGUAUUUGGUGUCAUAAAUAGUUUCCAAGUUUUUAAUUAAAAUGGCGUUUACUAUUGGAGAAAUAUUUACGUUUGCCAAUUGUUCUAUUAACUCACGUAAUGUUGUAGAAGGAGAGCAAGUUUUAAAAAGUUUACAAAUAAUAUUGUGUGGAAAAAUUGUUAAGGGAAAUGAAAUACAAAUUAAAGCAUUAGUCAUACAAAGUUCUCAUAUAAGAGAAAUGUCGCAUGAAAUAACAGGCAAAAUAUCUACAGUGCCUUUGCUUAAAAUUGUAAUAUUUGCUUGUACAUGUGCCGCUGGACUUCCAGAAUGCUGUAAACAUAUUGUUACUAUUCUUUUGCUUUUAAAUAGAAAUUCUUUGGAUGAAAUAGACACACUUUCUUCUACUGAUAUUAGAUGCAAAUGGACAAAAUUAAGAGAACCGUCACUGGAACAAUUUAAACCAGUUCCCAUUUCCAAAUUUUGUUGUGUUGGAAAUAGUAUUGAUUGUACAUUAUCGCAAUCUAAAACAUCUAUAAGAUCAGCACUUAUUUCAGCUGCACCUUAUUCUGCCAUAGCACUGCAUUCAAAAGGAAGAAAAUCAUUCAAAUUAAGUAGUGAUGCUUCGUCAGCUGAAAUUCAUGAUGAACCUUUUCAAAUUAUAAGCGAUCAACUUCUUGAUUUGAUAUCUGAAUAUUCAGUUUUAAACUUGGGUGAUUGUUGUCAAAAAGUGUAUGAUUGUAAAGUGGCACUAACAAUGACUCCUACAAAAAUUAGAAAUUUAUCUUUAAAUGACAAUUCUUUUUGGCACCAAAUUCGCCAAUUUAAAAUAACAGAUAGUCGUUGUCAUUCCCUUUAUACCUAUUAUAUGUCUUCUUAUAAAUCUGACAAAAAAUGGUCUAAAAAAACAAGCAGUUAUUUUUGGCCUAAAUUAUUUUCAAAUAAAUGUGUUAAGCAUGGAAUAAAGUAUGAGCAAGUUGCUAGAGUGUUGUAUGCUGAAACAACUAAACAAAAAGUAAUUCAAUUUGGUUUCAUUGUACAUUACCAAACUCCUUGGUUUGGAUAUUUACCAGAUGGUAUAGUUUUGAACGGCUCAAAUGUUCCAAUAAAAUUAUUAAAAAUUAAAUGCCCAUACUUAGGAAGUAGCAAAAGUGUACCUGAGUUAAUAAGCUAUGUCCUUCACCAGGCGCCGGUUGGUAUUCGAUUAUUCUUACACUAUCAAUGGUUCAGUGAUUGAUAGAGUUGCAAGCAAUAGCGACUUGGGCGUUCUUUUCACUGCCGAUCUGAACUUCCGCCCUCACAUUGACUCCAUCUGUUGCCGAGCUCUCAAAUCGCUUGGCUUCGUAAUGCGCACCAUGAAGGAGUUCAAGCUGUCUGGAUCUCUCAAGACUGUCUACUGCUUUUUAGUCCGAAGCAUGCUAGAGUAUGCGUCUGUGCUCUGGGACCCAUUUGUGGUUAUUGAUUCUUGCCACUUAGAGCGUGUACAAAGGCGCUUUCUGUCGUCUGCAGCUUACAUGCUAAAAAUUGUCCAUCCUCCUCACGACUAUACUCCAGUAUUGCGCGCACUUAGCCUUACAUCUUUAGCAGAUAGGCGCGUUAAAGCUAAUCUGGCCUUUUUAAAAAAGUUAAUC